CACAUCAAUGAAAGGUGACGCGCUCCGCAGCGACGUGUGUGCCCCUGUGUUCUGCUGCCUGUGCGCGCUCCUGCCGCGCUGCCGCACAGCAAUCAGGUGGUGAAAUGUAGCCUAACUUACAGCGGCAGGCUCUGCUAAAUGCUAAUAUGGGACGACAAUGGGGAGGAAGCGGUGUAGGAUGUCGAUGAUCAGCACACCGACACAGACUACACCAGAUCCGCAGCAAUGAGCUCUUCCUUUCCUAAAUCUGAAUCCACGACCUCUUUGCUGAAAUCUUCCUCGGCUGCGAGAAGACCAACACACCUCCCUGAGCGCACCGCAGAGAGCCGGAAAAGUCAGCAUCACCAUCAGCAUCAGCACCAGCAUCACCACCGUCCCGCAGCAGUCCAGAGCAGCAGCAGCAAAGCCGAGGAGUCCUUCUGGUCGGCCGAGUGCGACGUCAGCGCCCGGAGACCCCUGUGCCACCCGUCCCUCGUGGGCAGCCAGGACAGUAGUAACAAUGCAGCCACGCGCAGCAAGUGCAAGUCACACACCCCUCACAGCCAAGUUCCCGACCCACCGGAGCCAAACGGCGAGGCGGGCCGAGGAGUGAGAGAGCGCUGCAGGUCAUCCAAGUCCACACACCGGCACCAUCACCGCAGGAAGCACCCCCGGGAAGACCGUCCGCCCGCUGCGGGAGCCGGACCAGCUGAGCCGGAGCAUCCCCGACGCUCCCACACGCACAGCCGCCCGGUCCCCAGAGUGCCCUCUCUGUCGGACAGCACCGAUGACAGGGUUCCACUGUGCGAGCCGAGGGAACACAAAAGGACCAACAGCGGGGGUCAGGUCAGCAGUCCGUCCCCGUCCUCCUGCUCUCUGGUCCCGCUGUCCAGCAGGUCCUCCCGGCGGUCCAGGAGGUCCAGCGCUGCUUCCUCUGCAUCCGAGAUUAAUUUACGCACCAUCCUCAAUUCACUGUUUGGGCAGGACAGAGAGCUGCGACCAGAAGAAAUGGAUGAGCUGCGAGACGCUUUCAAGGAGUUUGACAAGGACAAGGACGGUUUCAUAAGCUGCAAAGACCUUGGAAACUGUAUGAGAACUAUGGGAUACAUGCCCACUGAAAUGGAGCUGAUCGAGCUGAGUCAACAGAUAAACAUGAACUUGGGAGGUCAUGUUGAUUUUGAAGAUUUUGUCGAGUUGAUGGGCCCAAAGCUCCUCGCUGAGACUGCAGAUAUGAUUGGAAUAAAAGAGCUUAAAGAUGCGUUUAGAGAGUUUGACACUAAUGGAGAUGGUGCCAUAAGUACAUCUGAGCUCAGAGAUGCUAUGAGGAAGCUGUUGGGCCAACAGGUUGGUCUAAAGGAAGUAGAAGAUAUUUUGAGGGAUGUCGACUUGAACGGGGACGGGCUUGUUGACUUUGAAGAGUUUGUACGAAUGAUGUCUCGCUAAGAUCAUAAAGUGAUCUGUCCUGAAUGUGAAGCUGUCUCCUUCUAUAUACUUGACCAAGUACAACAGAAGACAUGCUUAUAUCUCUGAGCCACCCAACUCUGAAUGACACUGGAAUUUAAACUCCAUGAAUGUUAUGGAGAGAGGAGUCACCUCACACUUUCAAUCAAUAAGUGUUCUUCCUGAAAAGUCUCCAGUUCAACUGAGGCAGAAUUUGCUGUAGCCUAGCUGAUGAUUGUCCAACUUUUGAUUUUGCACUUUAAUUCUCACUAAAUAACUUCCUAUAUGGAUAGAUCGCUGGUGUCUUGUCUCGUCCUCGACAUGAUAAAAAAAAAGUGUCUCACAAAAUGUCGCCUUCGAUGUACAUCCGAGUCAGAAUGAGCGAGUGAAUUUCUGUAGAAAAGAUGUAACAGAUGAGUGCACUGUCAAACAUUUCAGUAUGUUUCCACGCAGUCUGUGUUAUAUUUUCGAAACUGUAAGUGGAUUGUCCUUUGUGUGACAUUGGUGCUCCUACCAGGAACCCAUGUGGCAAUAUAACACCUGUAUUGUAACUGUGUGACCAUCUGUGAUUCUUCACUGUGCCAGUCCAGUCCACUAAAAGAAUCACUGUCUGACAAUAUGUGCAACUAAGAAGCAGAUCUCUGUCAUUAAUGAGAAACAGAACUGUGUAAUACAAUUCAUAUAUGUUAUCCACUAAUGUCUUAUAUCAAGGUCAGUUGAAGUGCGACUUAAAAAUGUAAAUCUCCCUUUCAAAUGUAGAGAACUAACAUGGUGACUGAUAGUAGCCAUCUGCCCUGUGUCAGAUAUUACUGCAGGAAUGACAUAUUUGAACUGUAUUGACAUUGAAUGUGAUAAUGUUGUACCUGUACUGUAUGUAAUUGUCAAUAUGAUUGUAGUUGUGGUAACAUUCCACACAUGUGUUGUCAAAGCAAUUUUUAUGCAUGCCAAAGACAGAAAUUUAUUAAAUUCAGUAUGCACAUUUGCAUUUUUGUCUUACAGAGUAAACAAAAUAAUUUGCCAAGUUAACUGUAGAACAAUAAAAAGUGUUUACAUUUGAGACAUUUUCCUGUGACGUUGUUACUCAAGAUAAUACAGGCGUGCUUCAGUACAAAUUGGUUUCAGAUUCAGAAAUGAAAUGACACAUAUUUAAUAACAUGCUGACAUGCUAGCUUUGACUCUUAUUGUCAUGCUCCAGUUCCUAAUCUUUAUUUCUGAGCCGCAAGGCCUGUAUCAAUAUGCCAUCAUGAAUAUAUUAGUGUGGCACUCUGAGCUGUCACUGUAUGUCUUGAGGGCACACCUCCUUAUAAUGAUAUCUAUUAUUCAUACGUCUCUUACUCUGAUAAGGCUGUAGGCAGGGUAAGCAUAACCUGCAGAACCAUCACUGUGCUGAAUGAAGAUACUUGUAAAUAA